AUGGCGUACGACGACGACGACCCCAUGUCUGCGCCCGCCGCACCCUCGUCCGGCGCAGCGGCCGGCGCGCCGACGACCGCCGACGAGGCGCCCCCCAGCGCCGAGGAAGACCUACAAGACGAGGAGGUGCAGGACUUUCGCAAGUUCGCGAGCUCGCUGCAGAAGUCCAAUGUCUCGGGCAAGCAGAUCCGGAAGGGCGAGAAGGACUUCGAGUCGCACGGCACACGGCUGCAGGAGGGCUACCUCGAGGCCAGCCGCAGGGCCAUGCACGAGGUCCUGAGCUACGAACGAACACACGGCCCAGCCUCCUACCUCCGCGGCUGGUACUUCCCCGACCACUGGGCCGCCGAGGAGGACGAGUUCAGGGAGAGGGUCGUGGUCGUCGAGCACGAGAAGGGCCCCAUGUUCAAGACGACAGGGCGGGUCAUGAAGGGCAGGGGCACGAGCGUCCCGGCCUGGGAUAAGCUGUGGCUGCUUCCGGAAGAGGCGCUCUUCAUGGUGGAAAGAGGAGACCUGCAUCUCUGGUAUCCUCAGAGAGGCCUCGGUGAGCUGUUUCCGGUCAAGAAGGAAGGGCAAGAAGAGGGUGUUGCUCCCGAAGAAGAUCGGGAUGAGUUCGGUCUGCCCCUCAGCUUCCAGGCUGCCUAUACCCUGUUCAUAGGCCAGGACGGUGAAAGGGGAAAGAUCACGCUUGAGAGGUACCAAGUCUAUGCCAACCUGCGGCGCUCAGGAUAUCUGGCGUAUCGUGCAGCCUACGCGGCAGAACCAGCCAACAGUGUUUUGGCGCCUCCGUCACGGACACUCUGGCAAUGGCUAGUAUCACUCCUGUCUCCUACGGCAGCGGGUCCGCCCCGGUCAUACCCUUCUCUUGGACCUUUACUCAAGCCCGGAUUGUAUCGGUCAUACCAACCUAUCUUUCAGCAGCUUCAUCUCAUCGCCCGACACAAGCCAACACCGCAAGUCGACGAGUUGAACCCUGCUCAAGCGCCGUUUGAGAUAUUUUUCCACGUCUACAAGUCACGGCCCGGCUUUGGCAAGGCGAAUCUGGGACCUCCAGACUUCCGCAUAGCAGUAGUCAACGCGCGCACUACGACAGUCCCGACUGUUUCCGAGAUGACGGCCCUUCUGGAGUCUACCCCGUGGGCGCCGCCUGACGAGAACCUGGCUGCUGGCAAAGGUGUUGGGUUCACAUACAAGAGACUGAAGCACGGGUGGCGCAACGCUAUUCUUGCAAUAGUUGACAGUGGUUUCACCAGCUAUCUCAGAUUCACCGAGAUGGCCUUUGGAGAGGAGCUGCUCUACGACACGUUCGACAAGCCCACAGGAAAGGGCGGAAAGAAGGGCAGAGGUUCCCCUGGUGGUCGAGGUGGCCGAGGUGGUAGGGGAGGUAGAGGACGCGGUGGAAGACGUGGCGGUUGA